AAAGGGAAGAGAAAAAUAAAAUGAAACAAAAACAAACUGUGACUGAGUGAGGCAGUAGAAGAGCAAUUGCAGUGUAACACUCGAAUCAUUGUCGUCAGCAGAAACUUUCUUGAAAUUAGGCAAUAAGGGUUUGUUUGAAUGGAGGCGGUUUGCCCAAUCGACUCUCAGUUCGCAGAUGAAAUCUCAGCUCUUCUUAAACCUCCUAUGCCUCAUCAAGUUCAGGAAUACUUCGAUCAGCUUACCACAACUAGAGAAAUCCGUGGACUCAAAGUAAGACAAAACGGCGAGCAUGGAAAGGGUGUCUAUGCUGACGUGGACUUCGAAGAAGGGGACCUUGUUUUGAAGGACCAAAUGCUUGCUGGUUCUCAACAUUCUUCAAAUAAGAUUGACUGUUUAGUAUGUAGUUUCUGUUUCUGCUUUAUUGGCUCCAUUGAACUUCAAAUUGGGAGGAAACUCUAUUUGCAAGAUUUGGGUGUUUCCACAAAUAAUGAAUGUGAGAGGAAACCAUUUUCACAUAUCCCAAAAGAGACAUGUCAAAUUGAUUCAUCUGACGGUGAGGACGAUUCUUAUGUAGUAGAUCACAGAAGCUCGAAAGAAUAUGGUUCCAGCAGUUCUAAAUAUAGAACUCCUCUUCCUAAAGAGAUUGUGGAAUCAUUGAUGAAUGGUGAAUUGGUUUUGCCUUUUUCAAAACAGUUCCCAUUGCCUUCAGUUAUUUCUUGUCCAGGUGGAUGUAGAGAAUCUUACUACUGCAGCAAAUUAUGUGCGGAGGCUGAUUGGGACUUGUUUCAUUCUCUACUUUGUACGGGGGCAAGAUCAAAAUCAUUAAAUAAGGAGGCACUUCUAAAAUUUAUACAACAUGCUAAUGAAACAAAUGACAUUUUCCUCCUAGCUGCCAAGGUGGUUUCGUUCACCAUUUUAAGGUACAAGAAGUCAAAAACAGCUAAUCUUGAAAAGGAGGGGAAGUGCACUACUGACAGUUGUAAUCUUUCUCUACUUUUGGAGGCAUGGAAACCGAUAUCAAUGGGAUACAAGAGAAGGUGGUGGGAGUGCAUUGCUUUACCAGAUGAUGUUGAUUGUCACGAAGAAACUUCAUUUAGGAUGCAAAUAAAGGAGCUGGCAUUCAUGUCUCUGCAACUGUUAAAGGCAGCUAUCUUUGACAAGGAAUGUGAGCCAUUAUUCUCCCUUGAGAUCUAUGGGCAUAUUAUCGGCAUGUUCGAGCUAAAUAAUCUUGAUUUGGUUGUACCUUCUCCAGUGGAGGAUUACUUUCUGUACAUUGAUGAUCUUCCACACUCUGAUAAGAAAGAAGCUGAAAUAACUACUCGGCCUGUUCUGGAUGCUCUUGGUGAUGACUAUUCAGUUUGUUGUGAAGGCACUGCAUUUUUCCCUCUUCAAAGCUGUAUGAACCACUCCUGUCAUCCCAAUGCAAAAGCCUUCAAACGAGAAGAGGACAGGGAUGGCCAAGCAACAAUAAUUGCUCUCCGACCUAUUAGCAAGGGAGAAGAGGUAACCAUAUCAUAUAUAGAAGAGGACCUUCCUUUUGAAGAGAGACAGGCAUUGCUAGCAGAUUAUGGUUUUAGAUGCAAGUGUCCUAAAUGCUUAGAAGAAGAGCUGUAACAAGCAGAUGAGAUGACGCCCCCUCAAAAUCAUGAUUUUGUUUGCCAGCCAAGUACAGGCAAUGAGCUUAAAAUAAGGUUUUUCAAGGAUAGCGGUGGUGAUACGUGCACCAUCAUUUAUACAAUUAACCUGCCUUUCUGAUGUUUGGUGCCAUUUGGACAUAUCACCAAGAAUUGUGCUACAUUUAUUUAGGAAAUGUAAGACAUUAAAAAUGGACAUUUAAAUUGGUUAGAUUUUUUAUCCUUAGAUUGUUAAAUUUCAAAUGAUAUUUUUUUGUUUCAUCAUUUACUGUAAAAUUUGAGGGAAUGGUUUUGAUCACCAUAGAUGUGACAUUUUUGUUAAGGGUGUAUCUAGCAUCUCAAAGAAUAGUAACUUUCCCCCUUUUGUGGUGGUUCCAACAAUUUGAUGAAUUGGAUUUUUGAAUUUCUGGGUUGCAAA